CAGCUUGUGGGUGCCAUAGUAACCAGAGCCUACUGGCAGCUGUUAGCCCCAGAGCAGACAUCAGCGGUCAACAUGGCCAAGCCAACCACCUUGAAAGAAGCUCUAAGCAAAUGGGAAGAGAAGAGCGGAGAGAAACCAAGUGAGGCUAAAGAAGUUAAACUGUACGGUCUGAUACCCCCCAUCGAGAAGAUGGAUAACUCUCUCAAUGCUUUGGGCAAUUGCGAGAAGCUGUCUCUGGCCACAAACGCUAUUGAGAAAAUAACCAAUCUGAAUGCCCUCAAGAACUUGAAGAUACUUUCAUUAAGCAGAAAUAAUAUAAAAAGUCUUGUAGGGUUGGAGGCAGUUGGAGACACUUUGGUGGAGUUAUGGAUUUCCUAUAAUUUAAUAGACAAACUGAAAGGCAUCGGCUCCUUGCAUAAACUGAAAGUCCUCUACAUGUCCAACAACCUUGUUAAAGAUUGGGCAGAGUUUGUGAGGCUUGCUGACCUGCCCAGCUUGGUGGACCUGGUUUUUAAUGGGAACCCGCUGCAGGAGAAGCAUGCCAUUGAGGGAAGCUGGAUGGACGAAGCCUCCAAAAGGCUUCCUAAUCUAAAGAAACUAGACGGGAUUCCCAUCAUCAAAGAGACGGACGAAUAAGAUCAAACAAGUAAAAGAAGAAAAAAAGAAAGACAAAAACUGUUAUCUUUCCCUUUUUUAUUUUGUGCAUAUUUUAUAAUGGUGCUUUCAAUUAAAAAACAUAUUGAACAAAGUUGAUGACUGCAGUUCAACAAGCACAAAAUUCCAACCUUAAGAUAUUUCUCAAAACUUGCAUGUGUAUUUACAUGGACAGCAUUUCUUAAUGUGAUUUAUAGCAUUGACUUCAUUUUUUAUCAGACUGUUAAAUAAAAAAAAAAAUUUAAAAAAAGAUGCUUUCUGACUAAAAACCAGGUUGGUGGACCAAAACUGCUUGUUUGCUUGAAUACAUUCUCCAAAGUGUCCUUCAUUUUACUGAAGAACUUAAAUACAGAGUAAACACAUCCUAAAGAGGAAAAUCAAUUUCUAGGAUCAGUUAUGUAGCACUUAAAACUCGUUUUCUGUCCUAUCAAAAAUGUAAAAAUUGCACUUGUCCGUUGUGAUUAAGGAGAUGGGAGGAGGUCGAUUUCUCUACUGGACAUUUGCUAGAUGUGUCAGGGUGAAGAUCGCCUGGUGGUCGUUUAAGUUUGGAUAAUAUACUUUGAGAGAUGCAGGGAGGAGAGACUCUGGUUCUAAUUGUGUGCUUCCCAGGGACGUCGGUGCUCCGUGCCCCAGCAUUGUCUCCUAACUGACCUUGACUCCCGGCUGCAGCCGCACAAUGUGUCCACAAACUAUGAUAAGACUCUGCAGCGCCCUGAUUAUACAGGCAUGUGGGCUGCUGUUUUGAGUUCAAAUUUUUCUGCCUCCACAAGUAGCGCAGCUUAUACCGUUUUAUCAAAUGAGAAAUGUGUAACAAAGACAUAAAGCAGAUAGAAAAUAGUUUGGUUUUAAAAACAGCUAAGGAAGAAAGGAAGAGAAGGGAACCAUAUUUGGGAUUAAUGUAGAGCCAAAAAUUGCAGAAUCAAUAUUAACAUGACCAAACCAAACAUUUUGAAUUGCUGUUUUAAAACAUUUGUUCUGGUCAUCAGGAUUUGUUUAUUUUAUUUUAUUUUACUGUAGUGUGUUUUAUUGUUUCAUUUACAAAAAACAAGUUCAGUGUAUGUUGCAUGUCUUUUACUUCCACUGAUUCUAUAAUAUGGUGUUGUUUACUAAUACUGAUUUGUGAAAUUGUUUAUUUCUUUUUUAGACAUUAAAGUUCAAAAAUGAGUCAUGAAGCAGGCACAGUUACAGAAUAACCAGUAAAGUUUAGGUUGUGCCUCCCUUUACUUUAUCUCAUUAGUGAAUACUUUGAAGGCCACUGGGGGAGCAGGAGGAAGAUAUAUCAGAUCAAACUCCUUUGACCCCAACUCUUUAAGGUCUGUUAAAAAAAUCAAUAAGUCAGCAAACUAAAUUAUGGCUCUUGAGAAAGCUGGUGAACUGUUCAUCAUGUAAGCAUUCAUUUCUUGCAUUUCUUGUUUGUCCGUCAACAAUCAAGUGAUCUGCAGUGUAGGAGCUCCUCAAAUGUAACCGCUUUUAGCUUCAAGAGUAAAUAUUGAGGAGCUCCAUGUAUGUAAAUGUGAUGGUCAGUGCUUCACAGUCAUGUGUGUGUGUUGUCUGUCAGUAAAAGUCAAAGCUGUUCUCGCUCAGGAUAUAACUGUGACCCACACAAAGAAAUAUGUCUUCUAGCCAUAAUCAAAACUCUGCCUCUUCCUUGGACAAGCAUGACCUUGUGAAGUGCCUCACGAUUGAAUUUUUUACUGAUUUGCUGCUAAAGCAGAAAGGGUACGUCUCCUGAAAGUUUUUUUUUUGCUGUUUAUUUUGGCAAGACUUCUUGUUGAGACUGAACUCUAUGAACAAGACAAGGGAUGAAACCAUGUCAAUCCAUCAUUUACAAAGUGCAGACAACAAAAACUAUUUAUUCAAGAAAACUGAAAAUUGCAUGUUUUAUAGUAGAAUAAAGUCAAUAAGAUGGCAUGAUUUCUUGUUGUCUGAGAAAAAAAAUCCCAGAAUAUAAGCAGUAAAGAGUGCAAAACACCCUAAAGAUUAAAUAUUUAGACAUUAAGAAUUGGUCAUGUGGCUUUGACAUAAAAAUGUCUUAUCAUCACAAAGAUUUGUGUGUUUUUGCAGUCUGACAUUUGUUUUCCGUUCACGGGUACUUCCUGUUCGAGUUAAGGCUGAACUCAUGAACACUACAGUGAUUAUAGUAAAUCUUACAUUAAAAGUAA